UAGAGAAAACAGAAGAUUGAAAUUUUAGGUUAUGUUUUUGCUAUUUUUCUAGUAAAAGAAGUUUAGUGUCUAACUGUCUACAAUAAUUUAUGUAGCCUGUAGCCUACUUUAUAAAUUUUAUAAUUCAAUUGUUCAUUGAAAGUAGUGUUUAACUAUGAAAUUAGCAUUCGCAAAGCCCAUACUCAUUGGUAGUGUUAUUGGAACUGUCGUGGGUGGUUCGGUUCUACUCAAAGAAUAUCUUGGUGGGGAGAAAUAUGAAACUAGUUUGGAGGCAAAAGGCAAAGUUGUGAUAGUGACUGGAGCCAACACAGGCAUUGGCCAGGCCACAGCCCUGCAGCUUGCUCAACUUAAUGCCACUGUUGUAAUGGCUUGUAGGGACAGUGACAAAUGUGAACUGGAGAGAGAAAAAAUAGUGAUGAAUACGAAAAACAAAUAUGUGUAUUGUAGAAAAUGUGACCUGGCUUCUCAAGACUCCAUAAGGCAAUUUGUAGAUAGAUUUAAUAAAGAACACACAAAACUUGAUAUACUUGUAAAUAAUGCAGCAGUCAUGAAUUGCCCUAGAACAUUAACCGAAGAUGGAAUAGAAACUCAGUUGGGAGUCAAUCAUAUGGGACAUUUCUUGCUAACAAAUCUACUUCUUGAUAAAUUAAAAGCGUCCGCACCCAGUAGAAUUAUAACUCUCUGUGACUCAGUCUAUCACAAGGGCGUGAUCAACACUGAGGACUUGAACAGUGACAGAGAGUAUGACGGUGAGAAAGCUUACUAUCAGAGCAAACUGGCCAAUAUGUUAUUCACACAAAAGUUAUCUAGAGAUCUCCAAGGUAGUGGAGUAACUGUGAAUAGUGUUGAUCCCGGUACAGUAGACACAGAGCUAUUGAGGCACACAAGCUUUGGCAAAAGUAUGAUUUCAAUGUUUUUCGUGAAGCCGUUAAUGUGGCCUUUCCUCAAAUCGCCCAGGCAAGGAGGCCAGGCGGUUGUCUAUGCCGCAUUGGAUCCUAAUCUUCAAACAGUUACCGGAAAGUGUUUGAAGUACAGGGGAGAAUCUGAAAUAGCACCAAUUGCGUUGAACACUGAAAUGAGUGAAUGGCUGUGGCUAGUGAGUAGCAAAUGGACUGACUUUCAGAAUACAAAUGAUAAGGUUUCAUGAAGCAUGUUGAUCGUUACAUAAUUUCAAUAAAAUAGUGAAUUCAAGAGUU